UUUAAACAAGGCGCUAUAAAAAGCGGCAUCAAAUACUAACAUUAACGUGACCUUGGUUGCGUUUUAUUAUUUCUAAAGUUUUUCUGAAAAUGAGUAAAAGACCUUUUUCGUCUUCAUCAGUGGUUAAGAAGACUAAAUUAUCAAACGAUGAUGACGAACCAUCAAAAUUCGAGGCAGAUCUUGCUGGAAUGGAUGAAUUUGCAGAUGAGUUUACAAACGAUGCAGAAGUGUUUGGAGAGGGUCCUGAGCAAGAAAAUACAAUUGCAAAAUGGAGUAGACCUAAUGUACCACCAAUAAAUCCCUCAAGCAAUUCUCUUAUUUUUCAGCAGAUUGAUGUAGACCAUUAUAUAGAUAAACCAUUACCAGGUAUGCCAGGAAGUAGAAUAGGUCCAGUUCCAGUUAUGAGAUUGUAUGGUGUAACAGAACAAGGAAAUUCAGUGUGUUGCCAUGUUCAUGGGUACACCCCUUACUUUUAUGUUUCUGCACCAUCAAACUUUUCAAAUUCUCAUUGUGAACCAUUCAAGGAGGCUUUGAACAAUGCAGUCAAAAAUGACAUCAAAUCGAAUCCUGACAAUGUUCAAGAUUUUAUCUUGGCAGUAGAAAUUGUUGAACGUCAAACAAUAUUUGGUUUUACUGGAGAAAAGAAACAUCUAUUUUUAAAAAUAACUGUAGCUCUUCAAAAAUUCAUUGCACCAAGUAAACGACUUUUAGAGACUAAUGUUGUCUAUGCAGCAAUUGACUAUAAAUAUGUAGCUUAUGAAAGUAACAUUGACUUUGACAUUAGAUUUAUGGCUGAUACUCACAUGGUCGGAUGUUCUUGGAUAGAAUUGAAACCAGGCCAAUAUAAAGUAAGAGGCGUGCAUGGUCAUAAACUAGAUCCAACUACAAGGUGUCAAAUAGAAGCUGAUGUUGCUUGGGAUAAACUGAUUGCUCAUGCUCCUGAAGGAGAAUGGUCUAAAGUCGCACCAUUUAGAAUCCUUAGUUUUGAUAUUGAAUGUGCAGGAAGAAAGGGUAUUUUCCCUGAACCUAAUCACGAUCCAGUUAUUCAAAUUGCUAAUAUGGUGAUCUUGCAAGGUGAAAGUGAACCAUUUUUGAGAAAUAUUUUUACACUAGGUAGUUGUGCUCCAAUUGUAGGCAGCCAUGUACUUAGUUUUGAAAGGGAAAGUGAAUUACUAGCGAAAUGGGCAGAUUUUGUUAGACAGUUGGACCCUGAUAUAUUUACUGGUUAUAAUAUCAAUAACUUUGACUUUCCAUAUCUUAUUAAUCGAGCACAGCAUUUGAAUGUUAGGGAAUUCAGUUUUCUUGGUAGAAUAAAAAAUAUUAAAUCAGUAAUAAAGGACCAAGUGUUGCAGAGUAAGCAGAUGGGUAGAAGAGAGAACAAAUAUGUGAAUUUUGAAGGAAGAGUGCCUUUUGAUUUAUUAUUGGUUUUAGUUAGAGACUAUAAAUUAAGAUCAUAUACUCUUAAUGCUGUGAGUUAUCAUUUUCUCCAAGAACAAAAGGAAGAUGUCCAUCACAGUAUAAUUACGGAUCUGCAAAAUGGUGAUGCUCAAACUAGAAGACGUUUGGCAGUAUAUUGCUUGAAAGAUGCGUACUUACCUCUUAGAUUAUUAGAUAAGCUCAUGUGUAUUAUUAUUUACAUGGAAAUGGCAAGGGUGACUGGUGUAUGUCUUUCUAGUUUGUUGACAAGAGGUCAACAAAUAAAAGUUGUAUCACAGCUAUUGAGGAAGACUAUUGAAAAAGGAUAUUUGAUACCAGUGCAUCAUGGCCAAGGAUCAGAUGAGCAAUUUGAAGGUGCUACAGUUAUUGAACCACUGAGAGGAUAUUAUAAUGAUCCUAUUGCCACAUUAGAUUUUAGCUCUCUGUAUCCAAGUAUAAUUAUGGCUCACAACAUUUGUUAUACGACUCUGUUGAGUCCAGGUGCACAAAAUCAGUAUAAACUACCUGAAGACGAUGUUACCAAAACUCCAACCAACUCUAUGUUCGUUAAAAGUACCGUCAGAAAAGGAAUAUUGCCCGAAAUUUUGGAGAAUCUGCUUUCUGCCAGAAAAGUCGCUAAAGCAGAAUUAAAGAAAGAAACAGAUCCUUUAAAACAGAAAGUACUUGAUGGUCGACAGUAUGCUUUAAAAGUUUCAGCCAAUUCGGUAUAUGGUUUUACCGGUGCACAGCAAGGAAAAUUACCGUGUUUGGAAAUAUCAGGCAGUGUUACAGCUUAUGGUCGUACAAUGAUAGAGAAAACAAAGAAAGAAGUAGAAGAGCACUAUCGUAAAGAAAACGGUUAUGCUCAUGACGCUGUCGUCAUCUACGGUGAUACCGAUUCUGUUAUGGUUAAGUUCGGAGUCAAAACUUUAGAAGAAGCUAUGGAGCUCGGCAGAGAAGCUGCUGAGUACGUCACUUCAAAGUUUAUUAAGCCCAUUAAAUUGGAAUUCGAAAAGGUUUACUUCCCGUAUCUUCUCAUUAAUAAAAAACGAUACGCCGGCUUAUAUUUUACGAGACCUGACAAGUACGAUAAAAUGGACUGCAAGGGAUUGGAAACAGUAAGAAGAGAUAAUUGUCCAUUAGUCGCCAACAUGAUGAAUACUUGUCUUCAAAAGCUGUUAAUUGAUCGAAAUCCCGAUGAUGCUGUUGAUUAUGCUAAGCAAAUAAUCAGUGAUCUUUUGUGUAAUCGCAUCGAUAUUUCUCAAUUAGUCAUUACCAAAGAAUUAACGAAAACAGAAUAUGCAGCCAAACAAGCGCAUGUAGAAUUGGCUGCUAAAAUGAAAAAGCGAGAUGCUGGAACUGCGCCAAAGUUAGGCGACCGUAUUCCGUACGUUUUCAUUAGUGGUCCAAAAGGUGUACCAGCUUAUCAGAAAGCUGAGGAUCCUAUCUAUGUUUUAGAAAAUAACAUUCCUAUCGAUACUAAUUAUUAUCUAGAAAAUCAGUUAUCCAAACCACUUGUUCGUAUUUUCGAGCCUAUUCUCGGUGAUAAAGCAGAAUCUUUACUCCUUAAAGGAGAACAUACAAGAACCAAAUCAGUCGCUACUUCAAAGGUCGGUGCUUUGGUAGCAUUUACUAGAAAAAAGGAAGCGUGUUUGGGCUGCAAAGCCGUGCUAAUAGUCGGUCGUGAAGAAAAAGCUCUUUGUGAGUACUGUGAAGAGAAAGAAGCUGAAAUCAUUCAAAAUGAAAUACACAACUGUCGCAAAUUGGAAGAAAAGUUUUGUCGAUUAUGGACUGAAUGUCAACGAUGUCAAGGAAGUCUCCAUCAAGAAGUCAUUUGCACAAGUCGAGAUUGUCCAAUAUUCUACAUGAGGAAAAAAGUUCAAAUGGAUUUGGAUGUACAAGCAAAACGAAUUGAAAAGUUUGGACUUCCAGAGUGGUGAUGGGAAGAUCCAAAAGUAAAUUAUUUUUAUACGUAUUUUCAAAAGCGAAUAUUUAAUUGUUUUUAGUAGUAAAAUUACAAAUUGUCAUAAAUUAGUCUUUUAUAAUAUGCUAUCAUUGAUAGUAUCAUUAUAUGCUACGGAUGUAUAAACGCUGUGUCUAUAUAUUCGUUGAUAUGUUUAAAUGUAUGUAUCAUACUUAUCGUGGAACGAUGAAGAGGUUUAAUAAAAUAAAAUUGAUUUUGAAAAAUAUUGAAUACUUGUUUUGGUUAAAAAAUAUUAAACAAUGGAGU